AUGCCGCGGUGUGAUUGCUCCACAAUACGAACGGUCGAGUGUGACGCGAAGAAGCAGGACCCGUCCAAGAAUCCUGACACCGAAGUCUUCACCACAAAGACAGAUGCGGAUCUUCCCAACUGCGGUACGACAUGUUGUCCUUUCGGCUACACCUGCUCGCAAAAGAGCGAUGGCAACAACGAGGGCGCGUGUACUAUCCAGAAGGAUAGGGCCAAAUUUCUCGACUUCAUCAGCACUAGCACAGCCAAGGGAACUGCCACUGCGACAAAUUCACCUGCGAAAGCCACGCCCACACCCGAUAGUGAUGAUAAGCCGAAUCCUUUCCCGGCGAGCGUGUUCCUCGCGGGCUUUGCGCCUGGUCUCUUUGUAGGCGCCUUGAUUGUGGUGGGAUGGAUGAUUUCUACUGGUCGAAUCAAGAGCGGGAGUGGCAGCGCUCAGAGUACACCGCGUACGGAGAAGCGACCGAUGAUCUCGGAGCCCAUCAACGCCCGGGGUGGGCGAUCAGACUUCAACCGAGUGCCUGACUCGGUGUUCAACAGCAAGGAGAACGGGCCAAACAACUGGAAAAUGCCAACACCGCCAGAGCCUCACGGAGGCGCUGUUCGACCCAUCACGCCAGCGACUCCAACUCCGGUAGCUGACAAGGAUCGGACUGCGACAAUGGAGAGCAUCCGCAUCUACUCGCCUCCGAACUUCGGACAACACCCCAGCGCGACAGUCUCACCGUUGCGAACUAAUCUGCCCGCCAAUGAUCGCCAAUUGACGAGUCCAUUCGUAUCACCUCUGAGGCUGAUGUUGUCCCGCGCUACGACAAUCCAGCGCCCACAGAGCCUUCGACGAGGCCGACAAGACCUGCAAGCUCCAUCUACGACCAGUCUCGUCGGACUAGUUUCGCUAUUUCUGAACUAG